AUGAUUUUAUCCUGGAUAACGAAAACUUUGUCCCCCCACAUUGCCGAAAGCGUGAUUUACAUUGAGGAGGCUAAAGAGCUAUGGGAUGAGCUCAAAGAAAGGUUUUCUAAGGGAGAUUACUUCAAAAUCUCUGACUUACUGCAAGAAAUACAUUCCAUCCGACAAGGUGAAAGGGGGGUGAGUCAAUUUUUCACAGAUUUAAAAAUAUUGUGGGAAGAACUUGAGUCUUUGAGGCCUAUACCCACUUGCAUUUGUGCCACUCCAUGCAGCUGCGAUUUGUCCAGAAUUUCUUUGAAAUACAGAGAAGCUGAGCAUGUAAUAUGCUUUCUGAAAGGCUUAAACGAUUCUUACAACACUGUCAAGACACAGAUACUCUUGAUGGACCCUCUUCCCAAUGUUAACCGUGUCUUUUCUCUCAUUAUCCAACAAGAAAGGCAAGAAAAACAAAUCUCUACAGAGGCUAAAACUCUAGCUAAUGUCGCAGGAAGAAAUGGUCAAUGGAAACCAGACCAGAAUUGGAAAAAUCAAGGAAGAAGUGCUGAGAACCAAGGAAGGGGAACUGUUUUUCGUGGUCAAGGCAGAGGAAGGGGAAGAAAUCCCAAUUAUGGUAAACAAUGUUCUUACUGUAACAAAAUGAACCAUACCAUAGAUGAAUGUUAUUCCAAACACGGAUAUCCUCCUUGGUACAAAAAGGAAGACAAAAGAAAUGAAUGGACGAGUGCUAAUGUUUGCCAGAACAACACUGACUCUGAAGAAGCCCAGAAAAUUCAAAAAAUCAGCAAUGGAAACAGUUUCAGUUCUCUCACGCCAGAACAGAUGCAUAAACUCCUCAAAAUGAUAGACAGAAUAGAUGAAACCCCCACACACAACAUCAAUCAGGUUCAAAGAAAUGAAACUGAGAAUGAACGAGGUAUUUUUUCUUGGAUUGUUGAUACUGGUGCUACUGACCAUGUCACUCACAGUAAAAACAAUUUUAUUACCUUCUACAAGAUCAAACCUAUUUCUAUAAAACUACCAAACAACACUAUACUAAUUGCUGAACAUGCUGGAACUGUACAGUUUGCCAAAGAUUUUACUAUUUUCAAUGUCCUCUAUAUACCAGAUUUCUGUUUUAAUUUGAUAUCUGUGCAAUGA